CGUGGUCGUCACUCCAGGUGUGCCUCCCACUCCAGGGGUAGUGGUGGUACCUGGUGCAGCCGUGGUCGUCACUCCAGGUGUGCCUCCCACUCCAGGGGUAGUGGUGGUACCUGGUGCAGCCGUGGUCGUCACUCCAGGUGUGCCUCCCACUCCAGGGGUAGUGGUGGUACCUGGUGCAGCCGUGGUCGUCACUCCAGGUGUGCCUCCCACUCCAGGGGUAGUGGUGGUACCUGGUGCAGCCGUGGUCGUCACUCCAGGUGUGCCUCCCACUCCAGGGGUAGUGGUGGUACCUGGUGCAGCCGUGGUCGUCACUCCAGGUGUGCCUCCCACUCCAGGGGUAGUGGUGGUACCUGGUGCAGCCGUGGUCGUCACUCCAGGUGUGCCUCCCACUCCAGGGGUAGUGGUGGUACCUGGUGCAGCCGUGGUCGUCACUCCAGGUGUGCCUCCCACUCCAGGGGUAGUGGUGGUACCUGGUGCAGCCGUGGUCGUCACUCCAGGUGUGGUUGUUGUACCAGGUGCAGAUGUGGUUAUCGCUUCUUUUUCAGGAGAUAA